UUUUGAUUUCAGCUGUGAGCGGUACGUUAACAAAACAGCAGCAAAAAUAAAUUGAAAUAAGCGAAAAUAAUGCCAGUUUUCUAUAAUACACAACCCUUAGAGGAAAAUUGUUGCAGUUUCAUUUAUAAAACGUAGAUAGCGAUAGCUACUCGACAGCUAAACUCUAUUAAACUUGAGUUUGCUUUUGUCGAACGCUAAAUUGCGUGUUAUUAGGAAAUACAAGAAGCUAAAUUAAACGAUACUUAGUGCUCGCAAUGUCUAUAUACAGCAGCAAAACGGGCGUUACGUCCAUAUUAAAGUCCUUCAGCAAUGCAGAUCGCGAACGGGCCAAGACAGCUGCUCUCAACAAAGUGCGCUUUUCAACACCCAAAGAGAAGGGCAUUGUAGAGUCGGUGCGGGUUGCGCUGGAGGAACACAAUUUCCAUUUGAUCCAGGAGUUUACAUACUUCAUACGCGAGGCUGAUCUUUGUGAUGAGGAGAUUGUGACUAUAAUGAGAGAUGCACGAAAAAUAGUGCACAGCUUAACACCGGAUUUUGCCGAUCUUGUUGAAGCACUAUUAUCUCUAAACUGGAAGAAACGCAGCACGGAUGCUAUUCAGGCAUACUCGGAAUUCACAGUGGAUGUUAUGGUUGCCCAUAACGCGUAUAUUCACAUUGGCAUAACCAAGUUAAUUUUGAACUGGAUACCCAAUGAUCAGGAGUCUGCAGAAUGGACCAAUGGAUCUCCCUCACAACUUGUGCACGCUGAUUUAGAAACUGUGCAUGGUUUGCUCAAUCGCAUUCUAACUGCGGUGCCAAUGGCUUUCGAUGUGGUCAUUGACACAAUUGCUGCCAAGUUUCCAUACUUUAAGAAGCCAGCUCAUGUCACCGCUGGCUAUAUACACAAUGUGCUGUGGCUUAUGGAAUCCAAGCCAGUAUAUGAGGAGCUGCUAUUGCAGCUGGUUCUGCAAAAACUGCUUAUACUGGACGUGAAUGCGCCUCGCGAUGAGAUUGAAGAACUCAGGGAAGAAAUCGAUGAAGAAGAUGCAGAUGCAAUGUUUCAAAUGGAUGAUGUAAAUGCUUCACCUAAACAACCACAAGCACUUGAUCAUCCCAUUGGCCAAAUGUUGGAUAUAUGCCUAUUAAAAUUAUUAAAGUUCCUCGACGAUAAAUGCCGUCCAGUGCUCAACUCCAGCGAUGAUCAGCGUGUGGCGAAGAGCCGAUUCUUCAAGACCCUCAUUCACAUAUUCGAUGAGGUACUUCUGCCAAGUCACAACACACAUCAUGUGCAGUUCGUCAUCUUUCAUGUGUGCAGCAUUCGUCCAGCAUAUGCGGAAGCCUUUCUCAGUUCCCUCUGGCUUAAAGUGCAGAACCCAAACGUAUCUCCAAUUAUACGUCAUGUGGCUGUUAGCUACAUUGCCAGCUUUCUGGCACGUGCCAAAUUUGUGCCAUUGAGCACCAUUACCUAUUAUCUCAAGGAGUUGAGUAACUGGGCCAACACAUAUAUUAAUGAUUCGGAUGAGUUUAGCAGUAAAAAUUGUUCACUUAAGGCCAACAUGGUAUUCUUCUCCGUUUGCCAGGCGAUGUUCUAUUUAAUUGCGUUUCGUGCGCGUGAUUUGACAAACAAUGAAAAAAAUUUGACACUGCUAAACAGCCUGCAGUUGUCCCGGCUGGCCAUGUGCCACUUUAAUCCACUCCGUUACUGUCUGCCACCGGUGGCCACCGCAUUUGCAGGUGUCACACGUACGUAUCAGUUGGCGUAUUGUCACACUGUGCUGGAGCGGAAUGCCCGACGCAAGCUGGCUACCAUUUAUGGCCAUGAGAAGCUGAUGCCCGAGGAGACGCUUGAUACCUUCUUUCCAUUUGAUCCCUACAUUCUGCCACUAUCGAACAAAUAUAUUGAGCCAAACUAUCUAGUCUACAAGGUGCAUGAGUUGGACGAGUCGGCGGAGUGUGUGGCAACGGAAACUAUGCGUCGAAAGCGAGGCGAUUCCGAGAUGGUUGAGGAGGAUGACUUCAUUCUGGCCGACAAGCGACAGAAGCUGAGCGAACUGUCCAAAAGUCAACUGUUUGAUAAACAGUUUUAUUACGGCACCUCGCCAGGAUUUAAUCAACAACAAUAAUUGGAAAUGUGGGGACAUAGUUGUAAUAGUAUUGAUAUUUAUAUAAAAUAUAGACAUUUAUAUUAUUGAAAUUC